UAUUAUGGCACUUCACAAAUGUUAUAUUUUAAUCAAUGAUUUUCCAUUAUUCAAUUAAUUUUCGGUGACAUACAUUCUCAAAUUGAAAACAGGUGCCCGAAAUUUGAUCAAGCGGCACACUUAUACGUUUCACGGUACAGCGAACACAAGUGUACCUUUACUUCAGUGUCGUAUGUCGAUGGAUUACCGUAACAUUUAUUUACCGUGAAAAGAAGUGAAAUAUAGUUUUUCCCGCAAUUUACAAAUGGAAAGAUGAAAAAUAUACCAAUAUUAUGGAAGAAAACCCCGGAUGAUGAUACAAGAAAAAAGACAAAAAUGGACGAAUUUGACGAUUUGUAGCAAAAAUUAUUUUAGGAUUUUUCUCAGUUUUAAGAUCCAAAAAUGGACAAUAAGGGUCCAGGAGAAAAUUAUGAUAGGAUCCAGGAGAGCCCUCCAGGAAAGGACUUGCCUUCUAACCAGACUGGUGAAAAGUCUGGUGGGCAGGAAGGAGGAUCAACACCAAACUCUCCAGAAAACAAAGGCCCGGCAAAGCCACUUAGUACGGCGUGGGAAACAGCAAUAGGUGCUGCAACAGCCUCCACAAUGACACGAAAACGUGCAAAUGCACGAAAACAACAAACUCAAAAUGUGCGACCACAGAGAGCUUUAUUUUGUUUGACGUUAAACAAUCCUAUGAGGAAACUAUGUAUUCGUGUUGUAGAAUGGAGGCCUUUUGAGUUUUUAAUUCUGCUGACCAUCUUUGCCAACUGUGUUGCACUGGCUAUUUACACUCCAUAUCCACAGGGGGACUCAAAUGCAGUCAACCAAGCUUUGGAAAGAGUAGAAUAUAUUUUCCUUGUAAUAUUCACUUUAGAAGCCAUAAUGAAGAUAAUAGCAUAUGGUUUUGCAUUACAUUCGGGUGCAUACCUACGGAAUGGCUGGAACAUUCUAGAUUUUAUUAUUGUAGUUAUAGGUUUAUUUAGUAUAUUAUUUAAAGAAUUAAACCUUAAGGGUUUUGACGUCAAAGCCCUAAGAGCGUUUAGGGUGUUACGACCUUUACGUUUGGUAUCAAGGGCACCUAGUUUACAAGUAGUUUUAAAUUCAAUUGUGAGAGCUAUGGUGCCUUUACUUCAUAUAGCCCUUUUGGUGAUCUUUGUAAUUAUUAUAUAUGCCAUUAUUGGGUUAGAACUCUUCUCAGGAACAAUGCACAAGACCUGUUAUAAAAGGGAUUCAGGUGAAAUGAUGGAAGAACCCCAUCCAUGUAAUUCAGAAGAGAAAGGAUUUAGUUGUGAUAAUUCCACAUUUGAAUGUAAAGAAGGGUGGAUAGGCCCUAACAAUGGAAUUACAAACUUUGAUAAUUUUGGAUUUGCUAUGUUGACAGUAUUUCAGUGUAUAACUAUGGAAGGUUGGACGACUGUUUUAUAUAAUAUAAAUGAUGCCGUUGGCAAUGAAUGGCCAUGGACAUAUUUUAUAAGUUUAAUUAUUAUUGGAUCAUUUUUUGUACUCAACUUAGUUUUAGGUGUUCUUAGUGGAGAAUUUUCCAAAGAAAGAGAAAAAGCAAAAGCCAGAGGUGAUUUUCAAAAACUUCGUGAAAAACAACAAUUAGAGGAAGAUCUGCGAGGGUAUUUAGAUUGGAUUACACAAGCAGAAGAUAUCGACCCUGAGAAUGAAGAUGACGGAGAAGAAGGUGCUACUCCCCGCCAUAAAAAUGCAAGUGAAACAGCUUCAGACAAAACAGAAGAUGUAGAAAAUGGGGAAAUACAACAAACAUGGUGCAUAAGGAAAAGUCGGAGAUUACGGAAGUUAAAUAGACGUUGUAGAAGAUUGUGUAGAAAAUUAGUGAAAUCUCAAGUUUUUUAUUGGCUAGUCAUUGUCAUGGUGUUCCUGAAUACUUGUGUUUUAACUUCAGAACAUUAUGGACAACCUGAUUGGUUGGAUGAUUUCCAAGAAGUUGCCAAUUUAUUUUUUGUUGUGCUAUUCACAUUAGAAAUGUUUCUCAAAAUGUACAGUUUAGGCUUCCAAGGAUAUUUUGUGUCUUUAUUUAACCGUUUUGACAGUUUAGUUGUGUUAUUCAGUAUAGUAGAAGCCAUCUUAAUAUUUACUAAUGUGAUGCCACCUUUAGGAGUGAGCGUGUUACGUUGUGCAAGGUUACUUAGAGUAUUCAAAGCUACCAGGUAUUGGGCAUCACUACGUAACUUGGUAGCGUCACUGUUGAACAGUAUGAGAUCUAUAGCCAGUUUACUCCUGUUGUUAUUCCUUUUUAUUGUGAUAUUUGCCUUAUUGGGGAUGCAGUUAUUUGGUGGGAAUUUUAACUUUGACAAUGAACCAAAACCUCGCAGUAACUUUGACAGCUUCUGGCAGUCAAUGUUGACAGUGUUCCAGAUUUUGACGGGAGAAGAUUGGAAUGAAGUGAUGUAUAAAGGCAUUGAUGCUUUUGGUGGAGUUAAUGAUAUUGGUUUUCUUGUUUGUUUUUAUUUUGUUAUAUUGUUUAUUUGUGGUAAUUAUAUAUUGUUGAAUGUCUUCUUGGCCAUUGCUGUUGAUAACUUAGCUGAUGCUCAGAGUCUGACAGAGAUUGAGGAAGAACAAGAGGAGGAAAAAGAAAGAAUGAGAUCUAUACGAAGGUCAAAAAGUAGAACACCAGAUGGAGAGAAGGAUGUGCCUGAUGAAGAUGAGGGUGUAGGAGGGAUGAAUGAAGAAGGUACUGUUGAAAAUGAAGACUUGGGGAGGCUCUCUAGGAAACCAAGUGCAAGAUCAUCUCGAUCUUACAGGAAAGAUGACAGCCCUGAGCCACACAGACUACGGUUAGAUCAAAGUGAUGGAUCACCAGGGGAAUUCCGUGACAGUCAUCAGAUACCCAUAGAGGGUAAUGAAGAAGAUGAAAAUCAGAAUGAUAUGGAAGAUGAUGAUGAAUCGAUUGAAGAUGAAGAUGAAUCUCAUCAUUCUACAGCACGGCCUCGUCGUAUCACAGAAAUACCCAACGAAAAAGUCAAAAUGAUUCCUGAAGCUUCAUCUUUAUUUUUUUUCUCUAAAACAAACAA